AUGGCUGACAAGGAAGCAACCAUCUACCUCCUCGACCUGGGCUCGUCGAUGGCUGAUUGCCACAAUGGCCGCACUGAGUCGGAUUUAGACUGGAGUAUGCGCUACGUUUGGGACAAGAUUUCUACCACUGUUGCAGCUUCGCGGAAGACUUGGAAUGUCGGUGUCAUUGGAGUCAAAACAGACGAGACCGACAAUCCAUUGGAUAGCCAAGAGGGUGGAGGCGAAGGAUACGAGCAUAUAUCGGUCCUCCAAGAACUCGGCCCAAUGACCAUGGGAAGCCUCACAACCUUGCGUGAUCGUGUCAAGGCUAGCGAUACGCAAACUGGCGAUGCCAUCUCUGCUAUCGUCUUGGCCGUUGAGAUGAUUGAGAAAUUCACUAAGAAGUUGAAGUACAACCGGAGAAUAAUCUUGGUCACUGACGGCGAGGCCCCUAUGGACAACAGUGAUAUCGACGAUAUAGCCGAGAAAAUCAAGAGGUCUGGUAUUCAACUCACAGUCUUAGGUGUGGAUUUUGAUGAUUCUGAGUAUGGUUUCAAAGAAGAGGACAAGUCUAGUAUCAAAGAACAGAAUGAGGUGAUCCUGAGAGAUCUGGUGGAGAAAUGCGAUGGCUUGUACGGGACUAUAGCCGAAGCCAUCGCCGAGCUUGAGACCCCAAGAGUCAAGUCUGUUAAGCCAUAUAAAACUUAUGACGGCCUACUCACCCUUGGAGACCCUAGCGUGCACGAAGAUGCUAUGAGCAUCAACGUGGAGCGGUACUUCAAGACGCAUAAGGCAACGGUUCCCCCCGCUAGCAGGGUCGUGAUGAAGACCGAGUCUAGCACUGAUCCUUCUGGUGCUACUGACGGUGACGAAAUGCAAGGGGUUGAGCCCACGCCAACCUUCUCUGCGGUCAAAGACGCACGCACGUACAAGGUGAAUGAUCCCGACGCACCUGGUGGAAAACGCGACGUUGAUCGCGACGACCUAGCCAAGGGAUAUGAGUAUGGAAGAACUGCUGUGCACAUUAGUGAGUCAGAUUAUAACAUCACUAAGAUCGAGACAACCAAGAGCUUCAGCAUUGUGGGGUUCAUUUACCAAGAGAAGUACGAACCCUUCCUGAAUAUGGGUGAGACCUGUAUGACAGUGGCCCAAAAAUUCAACGAUGCAGCGGCUUUAAAGUUAUCGUCUCUCAUCCAUUCGCUCCAUGAGUUAGAGUCUUAUGCUGUUGCACGUAUCGUGACGAAAGAUGGCAAAGAACCUGUUCUGAUCCUGUUAGCGCCACAUAUCGAGCCCGAUUUCGAAUGUCUUUACGAUGUGCCGCUUCCAUUCGCAGAAGAUGUGAGGAAUUAUCCGUUUCCACCUCUAGACAAAGUGAUUACUGUCCAAGGGACCACAAUCACCGAGAAUCAUAGAAACCUUCCUUCCUUGGAGCUACAAGAGGCUAUGGAUGAUUAUGUAGAUGCAAUGGACAUAUCUUCUUGGGGAAAAGACGAUGAAGGUGCUCGUACGAUAGAGUACGCCGCAGUCGAGGAUCUCUUCAGCCCACCGCUUCACCGCAUCAACCAAGUUAUUCGACAUCGUGCAACUUAUCCAACCCAGCCAGUUCCCCCGACGCCUGCGAUCCUUCUCAAAUACGCAAAUCCGCCCGAAGAUCUGGUAGCGAAAGCCAGAUCGGACCUCGAGGAUCUCAUUGACAAAGCUAGUGUUAAGAAAGUACCUCCCAAGGCACAGGGUAGAAAGGCGAAGGGUGAUAAACCUAAGCCAAUAUCAGGUCUUGAUAUUGAUGCCCUGCUUAAACAGCCUGAGAACAAACGGGCUCAUAUCAGCCCUGAUAAGGCAAUACCGGAAUUCAAGCAAAAGGUAGAAAUCGCCGACGACCAAGCCGACAUCGAAGAUGCGAUGAAGCAGAUGGGUGCUAUCAUUCGUGGCAUAGUUACCAAAAGUUUCGGCGAUCAGGACUACGAGCGUGUUGUGGAGCACAUUGGUGUCAUGAAAGAAACAGCGAUCGACUACGAGUACCCAGACUUGUUCAAUUCGUUCAUGGUAGACUUCAAAUCCCGCCUCUUAUCGGGUGAGUUUGAUGGCAAUCGUAGGGAGCUGUGGUGGAAGAUCAAAUCCGUCAAAUUGGGUUUGAUCGAUGACAAUGCAUCUGAGCCUUCCAAGGUGACACCUGAAGAAGCAGCUGCAUUCUUCAAGACGUAAUGGCCAAGGAGAGAGCGAUAUUUUGUACCAACAAUGUAUUUCUAGGAUGUCCCGAGGGUCGUCGGGAUACAGGCGUCUCCAAACUUCUAGCAUACGAGGCUGCAUUAAUUACGUAGAAGACAUGAAAUGUGUAACGAUCUAGGAUCAAUCAUUCGGGAUUACCGACCGGAGCAGAAUUAAGUAAAGGGGUGUUGUACUACGUUCAUACCUAGAUAUGUAGGUAUCCUGACGGCUAUCUCCACCGUAUGACCAACAGGGUAUACCAUAUAGCUAGCAUCGACCUCAAAACCUCAAGACCUAUCCAUCCCCCACGAGGUGAUUGUUCUGCGACUGGUAGCGAGUCAAUGGUCCGACAGCUUCGGGUUUGGCAAGUGCCCAUGACAUCCUCACGUGUAUGUCUUCUCUUCCCUCAUUUAGAUGCUACAAACAAGCAGAUACGCCGUUGACAGAUGGAACUCUGCCAUAUUCUCAGAUAAUGUAGGGAGGCUGUCUACCCGUAUGUACCACGCACCCGUGGUAGGUUAACCGGGUUCCCCUUACAGCUACAUGUUCAUGCAGCUUCAGCACCUGAUCAGCUAUUAGCGAAUGUUCCGAUACACAGGCUAUCAAUGGGAAAUACAUCAAUAGGGAGGCAACACAUACGUGAAUGUGGGAACUCGUUGUUGCUCUUUCCUAGUGCUACAAACAGGAAACAGCUCCCAGUCCUCAAUAGGUCGUGACUUGCCGCA